CCUAGAGGAAUCCAGCAUUGAAUUGCAAGGCUAGAGUGCAGUGGAAUCAUACUAGGAGCUAUUCUGGAGGUUUUUUGGAGUCAAAAUGUUGGCAGCCCUAGUAAGUGUGUUAACCACACUUAUCGUCUACUUUUCACUGCUAUUUGCAGCCUUUUGGAUCUGGUUUCAAUGGAGACACCGCGACUUACUCCGUGUUGCCAACAAAUUACCCGUUUAUCUACCAACUGUUCCACUUCUGGGCCAUGCUUAUCUGACAUUUAAAACUCCAGAUGGAACUGCUCGCAAAUGCCUAGGUAUGACCGUCGGUGCCAUGUUGAAUAAGGGAUGGAAAACUGUUGUCAUGUGGGUCGGACCUCUCCCGCUUAUUGUAGUGGGAGACAUGGAUGAUCUACAGACAAUAUUCAACGGGGGCCAAAACACUGCAGACAAACCAGAGGAAUACGACUAUUUUGUUGCUGGACUCAAGUCUGAAGAUGGGCCUUUAAGACAAAACUUACUUUCAGCAAGAGGUCAGACUUGGAAGCUCACCAGGAAGCACCUGAACCCGAUGUUUCAUCCUCAGAAUGUUCAACACAUGAUAUCCGUGUUCAACAUGAACAGCAGGGAGCUUGUUGAACGCAUGAAUGAACACGUUGGACUAAAGUCGUUCGAUGUUAUGCAUUACACAAUGGAUCUUGCUUUGAAAACCAUUUGUAAUCUAAUCUAUGGCCCCGACAUUCCUAUUGAUGUUCACUCUGAAUCUUUUAAGGGUCUUAUGAAAGUAGUUGAACGUAUUCCAGAGUUAUUUGUAAAACGACUCUUAAAACCCUGGCUAAGAAUAGAAUGGAUAUUCCAGUGGUUGUACAAAACCCAAAUAAAUCGGAUGCAAAACUCUUGGAGAAAUUUCACAGAGCCUCUACUUAAGAUUGCUAAAGAAAAGAAAUUACAGAAGACGAAAAAAUACAAAGGAGCUGAUAAUACAUCAAACGAAAGUGAAGAACUACUAGACAUGUUAGAUGCCUACUCAGUUCUUCAGCAAAAACACCCAGAAUUCUCUGAAGCUGAUAUGCUGUGUGAGAUGCUCACGUUGUAUUGUACAGGUACAGACACUGUUGGCUCGACUACCGCAUCGUGCAUGUUGGCUUUAGCACAAUUCCCUCAUAUUCAGGAUAGAUUGUACAACGAGAUCAUCUCCAUUGUAGGAUUAAACGACGACAUAACUUUGGAGGACCUUUCCAGGAUGCCUUAUCUGGAUCAAGUUAUUAAAGAAACAAUGCGCAAGUUUCUUAUUGUCCCGUUCGUGUUGCGUAAAAUGUCAAAAGACGUGGAACUGAAAACUUGCACUCUUCCAGCGGGCAGCGUGAUUUGCUGUAACCUAGCAAACAUCCAUAUGGAUCCCAAAGUGUAUCCGAAUCCAGAUGAGUUCGAUCCAGACAGGUUUUCUCCGGAAAAUUCUUGUGGAAAAGAAAAAUUCUCUUUUAUUCCAUUUAGUGGCGGACCGCGAAUGUGUAUUGCGAAGAACUAUGCCAUGAAUCUAAUGAAGAUCCAGAUCGCUCAUGUGCUGAGAAACUUUCGAUUGUCAACAAGUCAAAGUAUCGACAAAAUGAAGAGGAAACUGAUUGUAACUUUAGUGAGUACGGAGGGAUAUAACAUCAGAGUUGAGAAGAGAUUUGAGAACAGAACUGGGUUCCAUCGUGAUUGAAUGACUUCUGGCUUUACACAGUGUUUAAAAACGUAGUGUUUUUUGCUUGAAAUGAGAUAGAAAAUUACUUAUUUACCACCACAAUGGAAUAAAUUAAUUUCAAAUGCAAAAUUCCUCAUAACUGUUAUCAAUUCAUGUUACUUGAUCUUGUCUAUGAAUCGCCGCACGAUGAGUGUUGUACAUAUGUAAAUAAAAAAAUAAUAGUUAUUAUGUGUGUGGUAGAUAGCUAUGAUGAAUGUAAUAAAAAUAUUAUCUAUGGUUUUGAUGAUGACACGUUAAUACCAGAACUUUGGUAGAUAUUAGAUUCACACGAGAAAUGAUAACAGUGAAUACAUUCAGUGUGUAGCCACAGAGAAGCACUUCUCUGUGGUGUAGCCAUUUUAAAGGAAAUCCAUGGAGUAAAACUAAAACAUAAAAUAAAACUGUAUUCUUAAGUGUUUCCAAUUAAAGUCUUGUUGUUGAUAUAAUGCUCAAGCUAAACAUAUGUAGGUAUCAACUCCUUUCAACACAACAACAUAAACCUGAACAAAUCUAACACAAAAAAAAUUAUGUAUAUGUUUCAUGUGACAGCCUUGGAUAUUACCUCAACUAUGUAGACAUUCCAUCCCCAUGUUCAUGUUGUCACAUGUUUUAAAUCAAAAUUGUCGUAGUUGAUGUGAGCCACCGUCAGAAUGUGCUGAUAUGAAUUAAUAAUUUCUGUUGAAUUCAUGAAGUUUUUUAGUCAAAGUAUUGGAAUGUUUUAUUGUGAGCUAUAGCAACUUUCAUGGCUCACGAACUUGGUCCGCAACAAAAAAAUAAAGGAGAAAACAUAAUUUUGGACCCUAGCGCAUUCUGUGACUGGCUCACAUAGCUAUGUUAUUUUUUAAUAAAACAUUGGUGACAGCUGGUUCAUAAACUGAAAUUCAACCACUAGGAGGUCACGAAUUGUGGAUAUUUAUAGGCAUGCACUGUGGAUGCGAUGCUCCCUGGUGUGGGUUUAACGUCCGCAAUAGUGAGUACUUCGACUAUCUGCAGUACUAUCUUGAUAAUUAGACCAAUUCGUUAAUUACAAAGAAAAAUGUGGUUCGGAUUCCACUAUAACCUGUAAGGCCCUUAGUUGCCAUUGGCUGUAUGGGUUAUGCCUACUAAUUAACAGCUGUGUCUAAGGAACAUGUCGGCCUCGGUCACUUACAAGACUACAAGAUCGCGCCACUCAUCUUACUCAUAUUUGGGUUAAAAUACGCGCAUAGUGGCGUCCCCAUCUUAAAUAAUUGAUAAUUAUUGAUAUUGAUGGGAUAUCUACAACAGUAUUCAAUAGUCAAUGAUAUUACUAGUAUGAUAAUGCAACUGUGGUUUCUUCUAUAAGAUGUGCAGUAUCAAAUAUUUUAGUAAUAUAAAUUAAAUAAAAACCAAGACUGUCAUGAAAGCAACAACAUUACGUUAAAUGUCCUGUCCAUACAGUAGUUUGCAUACCUACCAAUAACAAUUUCCAAUUAUCAUUUACGAGAUAGUCAUGUUUGUUGUUGUACCCUUUCAUGAAAUGUCUAUUAUUAUUAUUACUACAAUAUUAUUAUUAUUGAAAUAACAGUGGCCUAUGUUCUCAAAGUUAGUAGUUAAUUAAUUAUAUAGGAAAUGUAAUGAUUCAUUUAGAGUUUUUCAAUCAAUUGUAGAUACCUCAGUAUGUUUGGUUUAUAUAAUUGCUACUAAAAAUAAUAUUUCUUGAUUUAUUCUUCAUUUGAUUCUUAAAUCAAUUGUUCCUGUAAAUUAAGUCUGUUUCAAAAUCAGUUUUUACCAUUGUAAUAGUAAUAUUAUAUAGGAAUUGACAAGAAUGUUUUUCAAUAGUUUCCAUUAUACUCCUUAUAUUUAUGGUCCUAAUAUCUAUUUUCCUUAUAUAUAUGACCUCAUAGUAGUUAAUUAUUUAUAUUGU